AUGACCCAGAGAAUGGCCUUAGUUAAUGACUCUUCUGUGAAGGAGUUCAUCCUGCUGGGCUUGACACAGCAGCCAGAGCUCCAGCUGCCUCUCUUCUUCCUCUUCUUGGGAAUCUAUGUGGUCUCCAUGGUGGGGAACCUGGGCUUGAUUGUUCUGAUUGUUUUGAACCCUCACCUGCACACCCCCAUGUACUACUUUCUCUUCAACCUUUCCUUCACAGAUCUCUGCUACUCCUCUGUCAUAACCCCAAAAAUGCUGGUGAGUUUUGUGAAGCAAAACACCAUCUCCCAUGCAGAGUGCAUGACUCAGCUUUUUUUCUUCUGCUUCUUUGUUAUUGAUGAAUGUUAUAUUUUGACGGCCAUGGCCUAUGACAGAUAUGCUGCCAUCUGUAAGCCCCUGCUUUACCAGGUCACCAUGUCCUAUCAGGUCUGCCACAUGAUGACGAUAGUUGUGUAUGUGAUGGGAUUUGUGGGAGCCUUGGCCCAUACUUGUAGCAUGCUAAGUCUGAGCUUCUGUGAUGGCAACAUCAUCAAUCACUACAUGUGUGACAUACCUCCUCUUAGGAAGCUCUCCUGCACAGAUACUGCCAUAAAUGAACUGGUUGUUUUCAUUGUUGUGGGUGUCAAUGUAAUCGUGCCCAGCCUGACGAUCUUUAUUUCUUACACCUUGAUCCUUUCCAACAUCCUUGGCAUCCGUUCUGCAGAGGGUAGGUCAAAAGCCUUCAGCACCUGUGGUUCCCAUAUUGUAGCUGUUUCUCUUUUCUUUGGAGCCUCAGCAUUCAUGUAUCUUAAGCCUUCUCGUGCAUCUGGAGAUGAAGAUAAAGUAUCUACCAUUUUUUAUACCAUUGUGGGCCCAAUGCUGAAUCCUUUCAUAUACAGUUUACGGAAUAAGGAUGUCCACAUUGCACUGAGAAAAACUUUGAACAAAAGCAUACUAACCUAA